AUGACAAACUUGAAAUUAUAUUGUUGUUACCCGAUAUCUAACCUAACGUAUUUUGAAAAAGCAUACCGGCUUGUUUUUGUAUAGUGUAUGGUAUUUAUUGCCACAGUGAUCGUUGUUACGGCUUGUUUAUUUACAGUAUGAAGAAAUUAUACUGAAUUUGAAGGAGAAAUACCUGAAAAGAGAAUAGAAUUUUCUUCUAUUAGUAAAACUUUACGAGAGUGCAAUAAAUAUACGAUUCCAAGUAAAAAAUUAACGAUGUCUACAUUUAAGCCAAGUGAUUCUAAAAAAGAGGAAUUCCGAAAAUAUUUGGAAAGAGCAGGCGUUAUGGAUGCCCUUACUAAAGUACUUGUAUCGCUGUAUGAGGAAACAGAAAAACCAAAUGAUGCGUUAGAGUAUAUACGUAAGAAUCUUGGAGACAUAACCGAAAACAGUCUAGAAAUUAAUACAUUAAAGAAGGAAUUAGACGAUGCUAGAGCAAAGAUUACUGAAUUAAGAGAAAAACUAGUUAAAUAUGAACUAGACGAAGCAAAUGAUUAAAUGCAGAUUUUCUCACAUUUCUAUUAAUAAAAUAAUAAUGGAAACUGAAUAUUAACUAAGCACUGACAGAAUUACACUAAUUAUAUCUUUGUAUAUGUAUUUUCAAUAUUUUUAAAAUUUAAAUGUAUAAAAAAUAUAAAAAUUUGAAAAUAA